GAACCGACGGACGGCGGCUGGGCAGCGGAGGCCUCACGCGCAAUGAGGACGUGCUCUUCUCGUCACGGCAGGGCGGCUUCCCCAAGUUCCCGAUGCCGGAUUACGCGCCGGAUUUCAGCUGCGGCCUUCGGAAGACGCCCAAGAUAGUGGGUGGGAGCGUGUCUUCGUACGGGAUCCAUCCGUGCAGGCCGAGAUCGAAGUCUACAAACGGGGCGACGGUUUCGUGCACCACUGCGGCGGCGCCAUCAUCUCCCCGCUGCACGUGCUGACCGCCGCCCACUGCUUCCAGAACCAUCGGCUCUCCAUGGCUGACUAUCGCGUCAAGGUUGGUGACUACGACCUCGAGCGCCAGGACGAAGAUGAACAGAUGUUUGAGAUUGACACGUGGCGAAUCCAUCACAAUUUUAAGCAAGGAAGCCAGUUCAGCAACGACAUGGCAAUCGUGAAGUUGAAGCCUCAGAACGCCAUGGGAAUCCAGAUGUCCCGGUUCGUGACCCCGGCUUGCUUGCCAACUUCGACGACCCUUAUUCGCCGGCACCAAAUGUCAGGUGUCAGGCUGGGGGCUGACUCGUGA